AUGGCCUGGGGACUUCCAAAACUGCCGGGUCUGACGUUCUCAGACCCGACUAAGACACAAUAUCAUAUGCGAAGUUCGCUGCGGUACUACCAGGGGCACAGGUUCCCUGAUACCGAGAUCCGAGGCCCGGGGGGCACCGCCACAGAUGUUGACAGCAACGCCUUCGCACUCCCCGAGGACACCGUCAACUUUGACCCAUCCCUUACGUAUGGGAGAGUGAAACAGCCAGCCCUACCUGCCGUGGUACCGCACUGGGUGCACUAUGACAAGAGAUGUCUCAACUUCACGGCGUUCUUCAAGCAGCCUGUGUUUGACAACCCUGACGAGAGCAGCCGCGUCAGGAUCGUGAACAUGAUCUACUUCUUAGAAGACGACACUCUCACUGUCAUGGAGCCGCAUGUUCAGAACUCUGGCAUAUGGCAAGGCAGGAUGGUGAAGAGGGGGAAAAUACCAAAGAAUGACAUUGGCGAGUACUGGCAUUGGAAGGACCUCGACGUUGGCAAGGACUUUUGUAUCUAUGGCAAAGUAUUCCAUACUGUUUCGUGCGACCUCUUUACUAGGGAAUGGCUGGAGUCUCAAGGCAUGGAGAUCUCGAAAGAAGAGGUGUUGCCUGUGGAUGCGUACACUCAGAAAGAAAGAUGGAAGAACGUGCGUCCACCGAAAAGGUCAAAGGUCCACGAAGACCAUCUCCUACGGUUCCUACAGUACGAUGGAAAAGUGCUGAGCUUCGACGUGGUAUGGGAUGACCGUGACUCAGCUUUUGGGGAACUAAAGGAUUACAAGCUACUCUACUUCCUGCAAGAUGAUACUAUUGCCGUAAAGGAAAUCCACGACGGGAAGGGCGGAAAAGAUCCUUUCCCGAUGCUUCUAAAGAAAACAAAGCUGCCUAAGAAGUGGAAGGAGAAACCCGUUGCAUUCCCAUCCACGGUGCUGGAGACGACGGAAGAGGAGGUGACUACGGAGUACUACGCUCCCCAGGAUCUGAUCGUUGGAAGCACAGUCUUCAUACUCGGAAGACGGUUCCUGAUAUGUAAUUGCGAUGCCUUUACCAGGAAAUACUUCAGUACUAUGCUGAACAUACAACAACCGGAGGCGGUAAAAGUUCAAAAAGAAGCAAAGAAGGAGUUCCCCAAGUCGAUUCCACCUCACAUUGGUAUUGGCUCUCCCGAGGACACUCUGCAAUCCUGCUACGGCCUCAUUCCGAAGCCCCCGCACAAAGACAUCAUCAAAUACAACCUCAACGCUAAUAAGUACCUCCGUUAUCUAUGCGAGUUGGACUGGAUACAUCCAGAAGACACUGGUAGAAAAUUUGUGAUGUCAUACAGCCUCGCAGAUGGCUCUAUCAAGAUUGGUGAGAUUCCUAGAAGGAACUCGGGGAUUCGGGAGGGACAGUUCCUAAAAUCGAUGAAACUGGAGACACCUGAAUCAGACCAUAACUUUCCAACGUACUUUACACCUGAAAGAUUCUACAUAGGAGCUACAGUGCCGGUAUUCAAACACCGUUUCCGCAUAAUCGGUUGCGAUCUGUUCGUGUACCGAUACAUGACUGCCAAUCCUGAGAAGUUCCCGCAGGAAGUGAUCGACAAUGUACGCAAUUACCACAUGCGCGAGGGCAACUUGAAGGAUGAACUUACGAUGGCUUUCCGCGAAGAACAGACGGCAGAAACUCGUGCGCAACUCGCGAAGAUUGGCUCAGCGGCAGUUGCGGAACCGAGCGCAAUGGAGCGUUGUCUAGCCGCGCUGGACGUGGUGGAGGGCAGCGCUACUCCGCCGCGACCUCCCACUCCUCCCAUGACAACAGACCGCAUCUCUUACGAUGACUCGCUGCGUGUCACACGACAGAGCAAACCGACAUGCGAGAACAUAACGCCACUCAAAGGCAUUCUGAAGUCGGGAGCAGCUCGGGACGACCACCAGAAGGUGGUGUGCUUCAGUGGCCCCUCUGCAGACGAGCACAGGGAGGCUAGGCAGCAGAGAGUAACUUACCCACCGGGACAACAGCCUCAUUAUAACGAAGACGAUGACUUCUGUGACCAGUUUAAGGAUCCGGAUGCAGCGGAGCGCGCUGACCGUCGUGCUAACGAGAUAUGUCCAUAUGAGAUCGUGCCCAGCUCGCAGAUCGCGAAUGCCAUCGGAGAUGAUAAAGUGGAGAAGCCGAGACUGCCUGGAUACCUCGGCACUUAUGGUGUCGACUGCAAAGAGGUGCCGGAAUAUAUGAAGCUUGCUCCGGAUGCUUAUGAGCAAGUGAAGAAGUUGCGUAGAGAUGUUCCUGUGAUAUCUCCGGCGGCGACGCGUCUGGCGGACUACCCGCGUCUGCCACCAGAGGCCGUCGACACCUGUGUCAACCCACCACCCGAAGAUACCGGGCCCUGUGCCCCACGCAAGGAAGAAGACGUGGCCUUUGCCUGCGGACACGUAGAAGGCAAAAAGCCUUGCUGCGACCCCCUAGAAAGAAAGACUGACCCUACUGAAGUUAUGCCCAAAAUGUAG